UAGGUAGCUCAAGGGUUCUGACUUUGAUUUGUUUACUAAAAUCUAUUGAGAGGUUUAUAUGUUUGGGACACAAUAUAUUUGAAAGAGACAUAUUUGUGGCCACCCAUAUCUUUAUUUUGCCAUAUUACUCCUAUCUCCCUUACAUUUGCAUGUUCUCCUAUCAAAUCCCUUUGAAAUUCUACCAUAGUUGGCAUUAAAUGCUCAUUUUUCUUGCUUAAAGUAUUUAUAUAUUGGUAGUACGCGCAAUCUUCAUUCAAAAAUUCAGCCAAGUUAUACCAACAAUUAACAAUUUUUAUUUCAUCACAAUCAAUUUACGGGGAUUUUCAUUUCAAAUGUCAAUCACCAAAAUCACUACUCUUCUCAUGAUGAUUUUCCUUCUUUUUCAUGCAUGUAAUGCUCGCUCACUUGGUAUAAUGAACAAGAAUGAAGAGAAACCAAAUGUUGCUAGGGUUCCUAGUACUCCAUCGGAUGUAAAAGCAAAACACUCACCAUCAAAGCCAAAUAAAAGUGUGAAGGAAAAUGAUGAAAAAGAUCAUCACUAUGGAGUUUCAGUUAGUUGGAAGGUUCAUCAACAGAAAAAGGAAGAUCCACCACCAGAGUUUAACCUAGAUUAUUUACCAGCAAGAACACAUCCUCCAGUUCACAAUUAAUUAAUUAACAGGCUGCGAACGACAUGAUUAAUUUUCUAAUCGAGUAUCUAACAUGAAUUUUGGAGGAAGUUAAUUAAUUUUAUCGUCAUGAAAAUUACCAGUUUGAGUGAAUUAACUAAUUUGAUCCCAAUUUGAAGUUGUUGGGCUCUUAAUUAUACUUUUUGAUGGCUGAGUAUAUAUCCCAUGAACUUUUAUAUAACUUCUAGUUGUAUGUACGUGCGUACCACUGUUUACUAUCUAAUGUAUAUUAAAUCUACCCUAUAAUGGAAAUUUGAGUUUUGAGUUCUUGAAAAAUAUAGCUUUUAAUUAGCAGUCUUAUCUAUUGGUUGUUAAUGUAAUUUUACAUGCAUUAUUUAGUAAUCCUAAGAAAUGGUGGUCAUAUCAUCCUUAGCUAUAACGUUC